AUUCUGUUGGGUCCACGUCAAACUAGAUAGAAAAAAUUGUCAAAAAGGCCGCAUUUAACUCAGAUAAAAAUAAAUAUAAUUAAAUUGAUAACGAAGAAAUAAAUAAAUUUGCUUUAAAAUGGUUAGCUUGAUCAACACAAUUGACACCGGCCAUGAAGAUAUGAUUCACAAUGCCGUUCUGGACUACUAUGGAAUGCAUUUGGCAACUUGCUCGUCGGACGGUUCGGUGAAAAUAUUUGAUGUCAAGAAUCGUAAUCAAGUUUUGGUUGCUGACCUCAAGGGUCAUCAGGGUCCGGUGUGGCAAGUGGCAUGGGCCCAUCCAAAGUUUGGCAAUAUAUUGGCUUCGUGUUCCUAUGAUCGGAAGGUAAUUGUUUGGAAAGAAGGUGGUGCCAAUGACUGGACAAAACUCUACGAAUAUAGCAACCAUGAUUCUUCGGUGAAUUCAGUGGCAUUUGCUCCUUCGGAAUAUGGUCUGAUGUUGGCAUGCGGCAGUUCUGAUGGUUCCAUAUCCAUUCUGACUUGCAACACCGAAUAUGGUGUGUGGGAUUGUAAGAAGAUACCAAAUGCCCAUACAAUUGGCUGCAAUGCUGUUACAUGGUGUCCCUCAACUGUGCCAGAACCAGCUUUUGAUCAAAAGUCUUCCACACGUAGUGCCGGCAUUAAACGUUUAGCCAGUGGUGGUUGUGACAAUUGUGUCAAAAUAUGGCGCGAAGAGAGUGAUCGUUGGGUAGAAGAGAGUCGCUUGGAAGCCCAUUCAGAUUGGGUGCGUGACGUUGCUUGGGCACCCUCAAUUGGAUUGCCACGUUCACAAAUUGCCUCAGCUUCCCAAGAUCGCCAUGUUAUCAUCUGGAACAGCACCGAUUUUACAACAUGGUCGCCAACUAUUUUACACACAUUCGAUGAUGUGGUUUGGUCGGUUAGCUGGUCAAUGACGGGAAAUAUCCUGGCCGUAACAGGUGGAGACAACAAGGUUACCCUCUGGAAGGAGAACAAUGAAAAUCAGUGGACCUGUAUUAAUGAUGAUGCUUCUGUGGCGGGAGGCCAACAAUCGGAACAACGAACAUUGUAAAUUGGCGCCGUUCCCAAAGCCAAGGCGUUAUGUAUUUAGUUAAGUGGUAAAUAGAAAGAGGAACUAUGGUUGCGUUCAACGUCGCUUAUCUCUGAUUUCUCAAAUAACGACUAUAAACAACAAUGGUAACAACAAGACAACUCAUCAAACAUGUUUUGUAUAGGAAAACGAACUGGCACCAUUGCAUUUUCAUUAUUCUAAACUAAUUGAUAAGAAAUUCCAUUAGAAUAUACCCAUAUUAUACAUAUUUUGUCAAAGUGUUUUUGUUUCUAUGCAGUAGUUUAUGUUCAUUUAGCAACCAACAAAUGUUUUGUAAUGAUUUUUUUUUUCGUUUAAUGUUGUAUAAAAAGCCAAGAAAUUUUUGAAAUCUUCGAGUUGCCGUUCUUUGAAUUAUACAUUGAAAAAUAAUAAAGUUAGAUGGUCGAGACUAACGAAUGGAUUGUAUAAGAAAUCUUUAUAAAUAAAUAAAAAUGAAAACGAAACUUAAAAA